GUCAUAUUUAGGACCCUUCCCUCCCGUCAAGGCUAGGUGACACUUUCUUUCUGGACCACACACUUAUCGGGACUGAUCCACAAGCCGGAAAAAAAGAAUGUGUCGCCGCCAGGAUAAUGCACAGGCUUGAAUUUUUGUGGCGCUGAGGCUCUGGCGAUUCCGGCUCCAACCAUUCGAUGCAUAUAUUUUACUACUACUACUUGGUUGACUUGAAGCAGAAUCCCUCUCCCUGCUGCCUUUGCUCGCUGUCAUGGAAACGACGUCAUGCUUCCUGGCCUCCAAAGCAUCGUCCGCCAGCAGGAGCACCGCGGUGCUGCCGCCCACCGCCCCCGGCUUCGCAAAGCCUAAGCCUUAUCUGCAGCUCCUUGGUAGCAGCCGCCGCCGUGCCUGCUGCGGCAGCAUCAGCGCGCGGGGGGCGCCGGAGGACGGCGCCGCGCCACCACCCAUCGGUCCCGACUGGCGCUCGUUCCGUGCGCAGCUCUACUUCAAAGAGCAGCUGCCAGCGGUACAGACCGGCGGCGACAGGUGGGCGCACCCUCUAGCGGAGCCCGAGAAGGGGUGUCUCUUGAUCGCCACGGAGAAGCUGGACGGCUCGCACAUCUUCGAGCGCACGGUGAUCCUGCUGCUGUCGUCGCCGUCGUCGCUGGGCCCCGUCGGCGUGAUCCUGAACCGCCCCUCGCUCAUGUCGAUCAAAGAGGCGUCAGGGUCCAUCUUCGCGGACGACGCCGACAUCGCGCGCGCCUUCGCGGGCCGGCCACUCUUCUUCGGCGGGCCGCUGGAGGAGUGCUUCUUCGUCAUAGGGCCCCGAGCGGCGGCCGGAGGCGGAGGCGACGACGCGGUGGCGCGGACGGGGCUGUUCGAGGAGGUGAUGCCCGGCCUCCACUACGGCACGCGGGAGACGGUCGGGUGCGCGGCGGAGCUGGCCAAGCGCGGCGUGGUGGGCGUCCGGGACUUCCGCUUCUUCGACGGCUUCUGCGGGUGGGAGCGCGAGCAGCUGCGCGACGAGGUGCGCGCGGGGCUCUGGCAUGUCGCGGCCUGCAGCGCCGCCGUGCUGGAGCUCGCCACCGUCGUCAAGGGCGGGCUCUGGGAGGAGGUGCAGGGGCUCGUCGGGGAGAGGAGGCUCUGGUGACGACCUCACUCUCACUGCUGCCGUGGGGCGUUCAAUCUUCAAUGUAAUUAUUAUGAGAUCGAUCGAUCGAUCGACUUGCAAGUCAAACCAAUGCAUCCAUCCAUUUCGAAAACAUUCUGCGUCGGGCAUUUAUUGUUUUUUUUUCUCUCUCUCGUUGCAAUACAACGCAUCAUAGGCAUGAUCAACAAACUAAUAAAAAAAUCACCCGUCAAAAUUGGAAUUAUGUUAUUAUCAAACUAAGGAUUCGCUAGAAUGUUAUUAUGAGAACACGCUUCGUUAUUACGUCAUUCUCAAACACUGGCUUAUAGAUAAAAUGCUAUUUAUGGGUUAUUUGAUAAAAUAUAAAUUGAUUAGAUUGUUUUACCCCUAAACUAAAACAGCUACUCUCAUCUGCUCUCUGGACAUCCUGACGGCUCAACUUUGUUUUCUUUUCUGUCUCUCGCUCGUUUUCUUUUCUGUCUCCUCCUCUCUGCUCCUCCUCUCUGCCUCGCUCCCUGGACGACCGACGGCGCACAGCGCCCGCCUCCCUACGGCGAGCUCCACCACGGCGAGCUCCACCGACGUUGGUCGGCUCCAUACGAUCGCGGAGGUGCUUGCCAUCCUCGACUCCCAGGGCUUCGGCCGCCUCUCCGACGCCGCGGACGAUUCAGGCUCAGAGUACGAGGCCGACACGAGCGAUCCCAAUGCCGGUGAGAGGAACGGAGGCGGCGGGAAUGCAGCGGAGGACGCGCUGACGGGGUCGGAGCUGGGAGCCCCGGCGGUGGCGGCUGCUGCUGCCUCUGCUGCUCAGGCCGGGGGCUUGUCGUGGAGGGGCCAUGCCGCGAGCCCCAAAUGCGAGAGGCGGCGGCCGCAGCACCAACAGCACAUGGGCAGGCAACUAAGGCAGAGGCACGGCCACGGCCAUAGGAGGGGUUACUUUUACUGCCGCGCUGCGGAUUCGUCGCCCAAGUACCACCCAGGGCAGUCUUGCCGGAAGAUCAAGAGGAAGGAGCUGAGAUCUCAGACAGAAGAAGAGGAGGGCAACACAGAAGAAGUGGAGGGCAACGACAAUGCAGUGGAGAACACGGAGGAUGGACAGGAGAGAUCAGAUUGUACUGUUUGCACUGAUCUACCGGCUGAUGUUGAUGGCGAGGUGAACCAAGAUGGGCAUGGCUCUUCUAGUAAUGGAAGAGUGGAGGGUCGUGAUGAUCUUGCCAUGGUAUAUCAGAAGGAUGGGGAGAUGGAGAGGGUACUCGAGAAGCAGGCUGAGCUAAUUGGACAGUUCAAGGCUCAAGAAAAUGCUCAGAGGGAGUGGGAGGAGAAAUUCAGCCUGAGGCGUGAUUCAGUUAUGGAUAAUGUUAACUUAUUAAACAACAAGCUAAAUCAGGCUGAAAAUGCUUGUGAGAGGAGGGAAACUGCUCGGGAGAGCGAGGCAGAGAGGAGGAGCAGAGAGGAGGAGAUAUAAAAGAAAACGAGCGAGAGACAUAAAAGAAAACGAAGUUGAGCUGUCAUGAUGUCCAGAGAGCAGAGGAGAGUAGCUGUUUUAGUUUAUGGGUAAAACAGUCCAAUCAGUUGAUAUUUUGUCAAAUAACCCCCUAAAUGGUAUUUUAUCAGUAAGUCAAUGUUUGAGAAUGACGUAAUAACGAAGCAUGUUCUCA